CAGAGGGCUGAGGUAGAGAGAGAAGGAAAGAGGGAGAGAAAAGGAGUGCAGCAGUGAAGGAGGGACGUGGGGGAAAAGGCUGUGUGUCUGUUUUGCAGAUGAGUAUGUCCUCAUGGCGGUCUGAUUUUGACCAGUGAGGAUCUCUUUUUUAUUUUUAUUUGAAGCAAUCUCUCAUUUGUACACAAUCUGUGUUUCUGGAUUUUUGUCAUUCUACAUUGGACUGGAGUUGGUUAAGGAUGUUGACGUCUCGCAUGCUAAAAUUGCAGUUAUUGUCUGAGUUCCUUGGUCGAGAGCCGCGUCAAAGGAGUGUUUCUUCAAGAUUCAAUGCAAGGUCACUUCAUUGACCAUCCUCUGUGGAUCUCUAGUCACUACAGACCUUCUGAACUGAGAAAGAUUGGCUACGGAAUCUUUGACUUUGUCCUUCCUUUGGAGAUACAUACUUCAAACACACACUCUCCUACUCUGAAUGACUCUGCACUCUUUCCUCACGCACGGAAUACCUGGAAGAUGUGUGUGUGCAGUAGCUCCUGUGAACCGUGCUAGUCUGAUGGAUUCAGGAAUUCUCUCCUGCUCACAACCUCAUCUGACAUUCCCUGGAAGCCUAAGACUUUAAAGACCUCCGUAAACUGCACAACAGAACUUCAUCUUCCCGUAAACUCCCAACAUACUCCCGACAAUGUCUGAGGCUAAUAUCAUCACUGCUGUAUUCUAGAACGUUCUCAUUCCCAACCAACGUCAGACUGCUCUCUGAGACGAUUUUCUGUGGAACUCCGGCAGGAUUUGUCUUGUUGAACUGUGUGGUUGGUUGUAACUGCAGGGUUCACGUUCCUCUCGUUGGCUCAUGCCUGUUACCCUGCAGGUCAAAGGCUGGAAUGUCCUGAGUCAGUCCCCCGGGCCCAGAGAAGAACUCGCAGAGGCAGCCAGCGCUGAUGGGACCUGCUGCUCCAGUAUGAGCCUUCAAGAUGCCGGCUGCGGCUAUGCUAGCACCAACGCUAACGCCAAUGUGGUGGCUAACACGGCUAGCGGCAGCAUGCGGCGGCUCCUGGAGGACCAGGAGUUCACCCUGCGUGUCUACCCGGGCGCCCUGGCCGAGGGAACCAUCUACUGCCCUGUGGGCGCCCGCAAGAGCACCACGGCUGCCGAGGCCAUCGAGAGCCUGCUGGAGCGCCUGAGCCUGGACGGCACCAAAUGCUACGUGUUAGCCGAGGUGAAGGAGUUCGGUGGGGAAGAGUGGAUACUUAACCCCAGCGACUGCCCCGUCCAGCGGAUGAUGCUGUGGCCCCGCAACGCCCUGGAGAACCGCUGCGGCCUGGGCAGUGGCGAGGACUACCGCUUCCUGCUCCGCGAGAAGAACCUGGACGGCUCCAUCCAUUAUGGGGGGAGUCUCCAGAUGUGGCUGCUUGUGACCGAGGAGCGCCGCCGCAUGGUGGAACGGGGUUUCCUGCCCCAGCCCGCAGGGGGCGAGCACCCUUCCGACCUGUGCGCUCUCCCCGAGCUGACGGAGCGCGCCCUGCUGGAGAGCCUGCGCGCACGCUUCCGUCAGGAGAAGAUCUACACCUACGUAGGCUCCAUCCUCAUCGUCAUUAACCCUUUCCAGUUCCUACCCAUCUAUAACCCCAAGUAUGUCAAAAUGUACGACAACCAUGCGCUGGGCAAGCUGGAGCCGCACAUCUACGCGGUGGCGGACGUGGCGUACCACGCCAUGCUGCAGCGACGGAGGAACCAGUGCAUCGUCAUAUCCGGCGAGAGCGGCUCGGGGAAGACCCAGAGCACCAACUUCCUGAUUCAUCACCUGACCGCCCUCAGCCAGAAGGGAUURGCCAGCGGGGUGGAGCAGAUCAUCCUGGGUGCGGGGCCUGUGUUAGAGGGGCCAGUUCAAGCGUACGUGGAGAAGUACCUUCUAGAGAAGUCACGUCUGGUCUACCAGGAGCACAAUGAAAGGAACUACCAUGUGUUCUACUACCUGUUGGCUGGAGCCAGUGAGGAGGAGAGGAAGGCCUUCCACCUGCUCAAACCUGAGGAGUACCACUACCUCAACCAGAUGACAAAGAAAUCUCACAGACUCCACUGGGAAAAUUACUAUGAGAGCGAGCUGCAGGACUGCUUCACUGUGGAAGGGGAGGACCUCAAGCACGACUUUGAGCGGCUGCAGUUGGCUAUGGAGAUGGUGGGGUUCCUGCCUGCCACACGCAAACAGAUCUUCUCCCUGCUGUCUGCUAUCCUCCACCUGGGCAACAUCCGCUACAGGAAGAAGUCCUACAGGGACGACUCCAUAGACAUCUGUAACCCAGAGGUGCUGCCCACCGUCUCGGAGCUGCUCGAGGUGAAGGAGGAGAUGCUGUUCGAGGCGCUGACCACCAGGAAGACUGUCACGGUGGGAGAGCGGCUGAUCGUGCCGUACAAACUGGCAGAGGCUGGAACCGUGCGGGACUCCAUGGCCAAAUCCCUGUAUAGCGCCCUGUUUGACUGGAUUGUCUUCAGGACCAACCAUGCCCUGCUCAACAACAAAGACCUGGAGGACAGUGCCAAGAUUCUUUCAAUUGGAGUGUUGGACAUUUUUGGCUUUGAAGACUACGAGAACAACAGCUUUGAGCAGUUCUGCAUCAACUUUGCCAACGAGAGGCUCCAGCACUACUUCAAUCAGCACAUCUUUAAGCUUGAGCAGGAGGAGUACAGGGCAGAGGGCAUCAGCUGGCACAACAUCGACUACAUCGACAACACCGGCUGCAUCAACCUCAUCAGCAAGAAGCCCACUGCGUUGCUCCACCUGCUGGACGAAGAGUGCAAUUUUCCCCAGGCCUCUAACCAGACRCUGCUGGACAAGUUCAAGCGGCAGCACGAGGGGAACAGCUACAUCGAGUUCCCCGCUGUCAUGGAGCCCGCCUUCAUCAUCCACCACUACGCCGGCAAGGUGAAAUAUGGGGUCAAGGACUUCAGGGAGAAGAACACAGACCACAUGCGUCCGGACAUCGUGGCCCUGUUGAAGAGCAGUAAGAACGCCUUCAUUUGUGGCCUGAUGGGCAUCGACCCCGUGGCCACCUUCCGCUGGGCCGUGCUCAGAGCCUACUUCAGAGCCAUGGUGGCCUUCAGGGAGGCCGGGAAGAGACACACCGACAAAAAGACUGGGAAUGAUACUGCUGUACCAUGUGUCGUCAAGAGCGUGGACAGCUUCAGCUUCCUCCACCACCCUGUGCACCAGAGGAGCCUGGAGAUCCUGCAGAGAUGCAAAGAUGAGAAAUACAGUAUCACUAGGAAGAAUCCCCGGACCCCCUUGUCAGACCUCCAUGGCACCAACACACUGAACGAGAAAUCCGCCAGGGAUGGUUAUGGUGUGGGCUGUAACGGGCGUAGCUCCAUACAGGGUCGUCUGUCUUCCUCAGGCUCGGAGUUCGAUGACGGCGUCUUCGUCAACUCCACUAGCAGCAAGCUCCUGGAGAGAGCGCAGGGCAUCCUCAUGCGGAACAAAAACUAUAAGUCCAAGCCCUGCCUACCGAAGCACCUGCUGGACGUGAAGUCUCUGAGGUACCUGAGCAGUGUGACCCUCCACGACCGCAUCACCAAGUCCCUCCUCCACCUGCACAAGAAGAAGAAYCCGCCCAGCAUCAGCGCCCAGUUCCAGGCCUCUCUGAACAAGCUGAUGGAGACCCUGGGUCAUUCGGAACCCUACUUUGUCAAGUGUAUCCGCUCCAAUGCAGAGAAGCUCCCACUGCGUUUCAACGAUGCCCUGGUGCUCAGGCAGCUGAGGUACACAGGCAUGCUGGAGACUGUCCGCAUCCGCCAAUCAGGAUACUCCAUCAAAUACACCUUCCAGGACUUUGUGCGUCACUUCCGUGUGCUCUUACCAGACAGAACUAGACCAACCAAGUCUGGCAUCCGGGAGUUCUUUCGUCAGGUUCACCUAGCACCUGCUGGGUAUCAAGUGGGCAACACAAUGGUGUUCUUGCGGGAGGCAGAGCGUCAGCGGCUGCAGGCCCUGCUCCACACGGAGGUGCUGCGGUGCAUCGUCACGCUGCAACGCCGCUUCCGAGCCCGGCUGGAGAGGAAACACUUCAUCAGGAUGAGACAGGCCGCUGAUGUCAUCCAGACGUGGUGGCGGGGCUGCCUGCUCAGACAGUCGGAGGCGGCAGUGGACCCAGCCGUCCAGGAGGAGGCAGCAGUGUGCCUGCAGGCAGCAUGGAAGGGCUACAGGGAGCGCAGGCUGUUCCUGCAGUGGAAGGACUCUGCCCUGAUAAUACAGAGGAGCUGGAGAAAGAGCAGCCAGCGCAGGGUUCUGGCGGCCAUUACGGUGCAGACAGCCUGGCGGGCCUACAGAGAGAGAGCCCACAAUUGUAGGACACACAGUGCGGCGACACUGCUACAAGCAGCGAGUAGGGGCUACCUGGCACGCCUAAGGUUCACAGAACUAAAAGAGCAGAGUAUGCAUGAAAAGCAGUUGCUCAAUGGACAAAGGAGCCCCACCACAGAAGAAAGAAAGCCAGAGAGGACCAUGGGCCUGGAUACUGACACCUCGGACGAACAGGUCCUCGAGAUCAACCACAAUCAUGACAUCCAAGAUGUCUCCACAGUCUGGCCUGCUGAASACUCUAAGGAGUCUAAGUCGGCAUGUUUAGUGAAGGAGGAGGAAGAAGGAGAGAGCGAGAGAAGCCAGAGUAUAGAGGAGCCCAACUGCCACAAGACGCGGGCCAAGAGACAGAGCCGGCGCAUGAGGGAGCUAGAGCAGGCCCAGUUCAGCCUGGAGCUACUCAAGGUGCGGACCCACAGCACAGGAGCGACUCUGCAAGAGGAGGAGACCCCUGUACCCCCGUGUCCGGACAGCACCCCCUGUCCCCUGGACGACCACCAGCCCUCCUCGCCCCACCGGGGCUUCCCCGUUAGCCACGGGAGCUUUGAGCUGCUCGACACCACCGUGGAUGUGGAGGCGGGAAGGCCUGGUUACCCCGGUUGCCAUGAUAACCAGUCCACGCUGCUCUGGACCUCUUCCCAAGAGGAUUUGAAUGGACCAAUGUCUCCAGAGUCCCAGCCCCAGCCAGAGAAGGACCCAGAGGUGGUAAAUGAGAAUGAUCCAAGCUCCAGGAUGGAGGAACUACCCGCCAUGAUACCAUCCCCAAUCAAGGAGGUGGUGGCAGAGGAUCCACAAGCUACCUUCUAUAUCCCCUCUGASGACCAAAGCAGUGAGCCCAAGCAAGAGAGCCCAGGCAAGCCUGUGAAGGAGAGACGAGAGUCCGCCUUACCAAGGCCCGUGGUUGUGGUCAUCAGCAUGCAGAAGGAGACCCCUCUGGAGGGGGAGCUGUGGGCGGCGCCAGCCCAAGAGAGUGCACUCCAGACCGGUGUGACCACCACUGCCUCCCGCCUUACACCCAUCGCCGGCCUGGAAGUAUCAGAGAAGGCCCAGCCACCCAGUACUGUUACCCAGCCUCGGAGAGACUUAGCUGGGGUAGACAGGUCUAGCUUGGUCCCCUCCUCCACCUCCACCCAUGGCCUUUGUCCUUCCGAGGUAGACAUCCAGAUAGUCCCCGAGCCCAAGGCCCCAUCCGGUGAAGUCCUACCCAGCCAGGUGGAGAGGAAGGCAGGCUGGCCGGUGCAGGACAGCUGGGUCUCCACCAACAGUAUCCUGGAGAGUAGGGAAGUUUCCAGCAAAGCAGCAGCCAAGGCACCACAGAAGAGCCCAACCCAGACCAUCAUUGUCAGUAUGACCGAGAAGCCCCCCACCAACACUACAUUCUGCUCUCGACGCAAGCUCCCCUUCUCCAAGUCUGAUAAGGACCUGGUGAACCAGGAGCGGUCGUUGGCCAUGCAUAGACAGGAGGCCUCCGCCUCUAGAGCCACCGCUGGACAGAGAACCAAAGAGGCUUCUCACAAGGAAGAGCAUAAGAAGUUCCACAAGACUAUGUCUUCAGGGGACCUGGGCAAGGUAGCAGCGCUUGGGAAGACAUCCAGUCAGGAUGGAAGCAGAGUGCGAGGGAAGAUGCGUUUCUGGGGCAAGGCCAAGCAUGCAGAGAAGAAGCUGUCCAGAGAGAAGCAGCAGACCACCAGGAGUGAGUCCACACAGGGAGACGGCACCGACAAGACAGAUGGCACGUCAUCUCCCCCCCACAGUCCCGACCUGACUGCCACCAGGGGCCGGGAUUCCAAGGAGAACAAGGACCCCUCUCCCAAAGUGCGGAGACGCAGCGUCAAGAUCAGCAGCGUGGCCCUAGAGCCUGCCCAGUGGCAGAACGACGCUCUGCACAUCCUCACCAGCGCCCAUGACUACAGGAGCAUGAAUGACUUCCUCAUGAAGAAGAUCAAUGACCUGGACUCUGAGGACGGCAAGAAGGACACCUUGGUGGAUGUGGUCUUCAAGAAGGCUCUGAAGGAGUUCCGCCUCAACAUAUUCAACUCCUACUCGACCGCUCUGGCUAUGGAUGACGGUAAGAGUAUCCGUUAUAAGGACCUGUACGCCCUGUUUGAACACAUCCUGGAGAAGAGCAUGCGGCUGGAGCAGAGGGACUGGCYCGAGUCGCCCGUCAAGGUCUGGGUCAACACCUUCAAGGUCUUCCUGGAUGAGUUCAUGACCGAGUACAAGCCCAUGGACAGCACCAUCGGCAAGGCCCCCAAACCAGAACGCAAGAAGAGGAGGAAAAAGGAACCUGACAUUGUUGAGGAGCACAAUGGGCACAUCUUCAAGUCCACCCAGUACAGCAUCCCCACCUACUGCGAAUACUGCUCCUCUCUUAUCUGGAUGAUGGACCGGGCCUGCGUCUGCAAACUGUGUCGGUACGCCUGCCAUAGAAAGUGCUGCUCUAGGAUGACCACGAAAUGUAGCAAAAAGUACGACCCGGAACUGUCGUCCAGGCAGUUUGGCGUGGAGCUGUCUCGUCUGACCAGCGAGGAGAGGACAGUGCCCCUGGUGGUGGAGAAGCUCAUCAACUACAUUGAGAUGCACGGCCUCUACACCGAGGGCAUCUUCAGGAAGUCUGGCUCCACCAAUAAGAUCAAGGAGCUCCGGCAGGGGCUGGACACAGAUGUGAGCAGCAUGAACUUGGACGAUUACAACAUCCACGUCAUUGCCAGCGUGCUCAAACAGUGGCUCCGCGACCUGCCCAACCCUCUGAUGACCUUUGAACUCUACAAGGAGUUCCUCCGAGCCAUGGGCCAGCCAGACAAGCGGGAGGUGAUCCGUGGGGUGUACUCUGUGAUUGACCAGCUCAGCCGAACCCACCUGAGCACCCUGGAGCGCCUCAUCUUCCACCUGGUCAGGAUCACUCUGCAAGAGGACACCAACCGUAUGUCGGCCAACGCCCUGGCCAUAGUUUUCGCCCCCUGCAUCCUCCGCUGCCCCGACACCAUCGACCCCCUGCAGAGUGUCCAGGACAUCGGCAAGACCACAGCGUGUGUGGAGCUGAUCAUUGGAGAGCAGAUGAAUAAGUACAGGGCCAGACUGAAGGACAUCAACAGCCUGGAGUUUGCUGAGAACAAGGCCAAGAGCAGACUGACYCACAUCAGGAGGUCCAUGAAACCUGUACUAAUCGCUGUUAGGUUUAUUGGCAUAACCCGCACAGCCACCCCGGGCAAAGGUGGUCUUCGGAGGGGUAGCAGCCACCACACGCCCUCCCCACCCCUCAGCCCCAGAGCGCCCCCGGUGGACGGGGACAGUGCUGGAGAGGAGGGGGCAGAGCUAGGGCUGACGGAACAGCAGCAGGCCGUUAUGCAGCAGGAGGAGAGGGUGCUGACGGAGCAGAUCGAGAGCCUGCAGAGAGAGAAAGAGGAGUUGACGUACGAGAUGUUGAUGUUGGAGCCGCGGGCAUCUGAUGAUGAGACUCUGGAGUCGGAGGCCUCGAUAGGAACAGCAGACAGCUCUGAGAACCUCAGCAUGGACCAUGAGGGAGCCGCCUCCAACCCCUCUGGCACCUACCGCUCCCGGAUGUCUGAAGCCAAGAGCCGCCGCGGCCUCCGGAGACAACCCGACUCUGUGGACUCGGUCGACUCCAUCUUGUCCACCGCCUCUUCCUCGCUCUCCUCCUCCUCCUACCACCCCUCCUCCUCGGUUAUCCCUCCUUCCCCCAACUACCGCUUCCGCUCCUCCUCAUCCGGCCCCCUGCUCGCCUCCUGCUCGUCGGGCCUAGGAGUCCCCAUAGUGCAGUCUGAGGGGGAUCCGAGGGGCACUGUGGGGGUGAAGAGUCGCCACCGCCUCCGGCUGAGUAGGAGCUCGCCGCGUGAAGCCCCCGAGGGCCACAGAAGGGAGUCUGACUUCAGUUCGCCGCCCCAACAGCUGGUUCUGUAUGGCAGUAACGAGUUUAUGGUGUGAGGGAGAGUGGCGGAGAGACGAGACAUCCGAACCGCCUUCUAUCUCCCAUGCCGAUAGAAUGUGUAUGAGGGAGGGAGGGAGGGAAACAGGGCUGGAAUGGGCCAUGUAAGCAUCCGUCUCUCACUUCUGUCCUCCCCUAGCUGUGCUCACCUCUCUACUUCUUCCCUGUGCCAGUCUUGCCUUGGAGGUCUGCCGCCGUCCCACGAUGCAGUUGGGCGCCAUCCGCUUGGUGGGAGUGGGCUGAGAGUGAAGUGAAAGAUGAUGAACGGAGAGGGAGAAAGAGAGAUGGAAUGAAUGAAUGAAAGAAAUAGGAAGCCUCGGGAACUAAGAUGGAGGAGUGGCAGGAGGCUGUAGAGGAAAUAAAAGGGUGACAGAGAGAGAGAGACGGAGAGUGAGGAAAAGGAUGAGGGCGGCUGCCUUGACUCACCUGUCUUUUUGAACUUUGACCUCCAAACCCCUUGACCCCUGCUGGAGCCUCAGGGGCACAGGGGGGCUGGAGAGAAUGAAAAAAUAGAAGCCACAGCGCCAUCUUUUGAGUGGAGGUCUAAAGUGGCUUGAGCCACUCAAUUGCAGAGUAACUGACUGAGAGGACUGUCCACCAUUUUUGAUAAGAAGCACUCAGCUACUCUCACAUCUGCUUUCAAGUUUACACGAUACAGCCUCUCCACAAGGCUGCAUGCUCCUUCAUUACACUUGUUUCCUAUGCCUGUUCAAGAGACUACUGUGGUGAUAUGUUAUAAACGUGUAAUAUGACAUUAUUAUUAUUAUGUUAUUAAAAAUAUGUAAAUAGAAGGAACUCCAGUGCUACUGGGUCGUCCAGUGUUUAUGAUAACAGUCUCUUGUCAGGAGUCUUUUGCAAAGUGAAGUGUAUGGGAUUCAGGUUAUGGUUUUGUUUGUCGUUUUGUUUUGUUGAUUUUAACGAGGUCGGUGCUAUCCGGGAUCUUUGGGACGUCCCUACCCUUAACACUAACCCUUAUCCUAACCCUAACUAUAACCAUAAACCUUACCUAAACCGAACCAUUUUUAAAAUGUCAACUUCAAUGGGGUAGGGACGUCCCAAGAAUCCCAGAUAGCACAUACCAUUUUAACAGAGCCACUUGAUGUGUUCAGUUGGUGCCACUUCUUCUCYUGUGAAAUAAUACAUGUGGUGCGACGAGAGAUUGACUUUCAGACACUUACGAUCAUCACAGCACUGUUGCCAUUGUGUUUGAUACCGCGACUGCGGUGUUCAAUGUUUAUCAGCCAUAAUGUAUUGUAAUGCCUUUCUCCUCCAUCUGUCGUUUGUCUGUGUUCCCCCCCCCCACAAUUCUACGUUGACGCUACGUUUGUUCUGAGACAUCAGUGUUAAGAGUAACCAAAUCAGGACUUGAAUUUAUUUUGUCUCUUUAUUGGUGUAUCAUUAUCGUUGUUGUUAUAGUUGCCGUUGAGGCUGUCAUCUUUUUGUUGCAACAGCUUUACUUGCGUGGUAAUGGGGAUUUUGUUGAGACGAAGUACAUUUUUUAUCGCCUCUCUGUACCAAGAGGUGUGUGUGUGUGGUUGGUUGGUUAUCACUACUGCUCUGUUCAUUUGAUGUCAACACAGUCCAACCUUUACGAUAGACACACACACACACACACACACACACACACA